UCGGGAUCGGGAUCGGCCCCGGGAUCGGGAUGGCGGGGCCGGGGCUGGAGCGGUACCGGCUGGCGCUGCUGGCGGCGCGGGAGGACGUGGGGAACCCCCGGGCCGGGACCGACUGGGCUGUCUUUGGUUAUGAGAAGCAGCACGACCUGAAGCUCCUGGAUUCCGGAGGCGGGGGGCCGGAUGAGCUCGCUGGAAAAUUCUCCGUGGGCAGCAUCAUGUACGGGCUGUGCCGUCUCCCCGAUCCCGGCUCCGGUACCCCCAGAAUCGUCCUUAUCAGCUGGGUGGGGGAAAACGUACCGGAAUCGCAGCGGGCGGCGUGUGCCGGGCACCUGCCGGUCAUCCGCAGCUUCUUCAGGGAGGCCACGGCCGUGAUCAGCGCCCGCCGGCCCGAGGAGGUGAGGGCGGAGGGGCUGCGCCGAGCGCUGGCCCGGCUGGAGCCCCCCGCCCCUCGCCCUCCCAGGAGGACCCCCCAGGACACCCCGGAGCUGGUGGGAACCAACUACCGCAAGACCAACCCGGCGUUGGAGCUGCAGCGCACGCAGCGCGAUUCCUUCUGGGAACAGGCUGAGCGCGAGGAGCAGCAGCGGAAGGAGCAGGAGCGGCGGCGGGAGCGGGAGCAGCGGCGGCGAUGGGAACGGGAGCGCAUGGAGGAGGAACGGCUGCAGGCGGCCGAACGGGAGCGGCGGCUGCAGGAACGGGAGAGGCUCAUCGAGGAGCGGCGGCAGGAGCAGGCGCGGCUGGACGCGGAGGAGCGGAGGAAGGAGCAGGAGCGAUGGGAGCAGCAGCAGCGGGAGCAGGAGGCGGCCGAACGGGAGCGCGGGGGUCGCACCGGGCUCAGCGGGACGGCGGCCGAAGCCGCUAUCCUGGUCUCCCAGCGCACGCAGAACCCCCGGGAAUUCUUCCGGCAGCGGGAGCGCUCGGGGUCCGCGUCCGCAUCCCCCGUGCCCGGCAGCACUCCCGGUGCCCGCCGGCCCUUCCUGCGCUACCAGCGCAGCCUGACGGAAUCCGCCUUCAUCUUCCGCCGGCCGGAGCCCCCCCAAAACCCCCAAACCGGCACCUCCGGGGGGGCACCGACCCCCAACCCCCGCCGGCCGCCGCCGCCUCUGCCCCCCGGCCCCGCGGGGACAGGGACAGGGACACCCCAGGGUGCCACCAGCGGGACCCCCGUCAGCCCCGUGGGGAGGGGCACCCCUCCCUCUGCCACCCUGGGGACCCCCCCCAGCCCCGUGGGGAGGGGCACCCCACCAUGUGGCACCCUGGGGACCCCCCCCAGCCCAGCCCGAGCAGGGUCCCCCCAUGCCACCAGUCCUGUGGGGACGGGGACACCCCAGGGUGCCACCAGCGGGACCCCCACCAGCCCCGUGGGGACAGGGACCCCACCAUGUGGCACCCUGGGGACCCCCCCCAGCCCAGCCCGAGCAGGGUCCCCCCAUGUCACCGCUCCUGUGGGGACGGGGACCCCUCCCCCUGCCCCCCCAGAGAGCCCCCCCAGCCCUGUGGUGACGACCACCCCCCAAUGUGCCACCACGGGCACCCCCUCCAGCCCCCUGGGGACCCCCAAUUUUGCCACCAGCAGUUCAGGGUCCCCCCCUGCCAUGUCUGUGCCCCCUCCCAGCCCCCCCCUGGAUAAAGAGGGGUCCCACCCGGACACCCCCCCCCUCCCCAGCCCCCCAGCAUGGCAAUCUUUGGGGCCGCUCCUUGAGGAUGUCCCCAACCCGCGGGAGGGGUCCCCAAUACCCCCGGCCUGGCCCCCCCUGCACAGCCCCAGCCCCCCCCGGCCCGGGCAGGAUUUGGGGCGCAAUGGAAUCGGGGGGCACGAGUUGGGGGGGGGCUGGGAGGCCCCCUGGGAGCCGGGACCACCCCCUGGGCAGGGGGACGAGCCUGGCGAGAGCCUCGUCCUGCACAAAGCCACGCCAGGCUUCGCGCUGCUGCUGGCCCGGGACGCCCCCCACCCACCGAUUUUGGGGGGCCCCAACCCCCCCACCGAGGACGAGGACCUCUCCCCCCAUGCUGUGUAGCGGGGGGGUGACCCCAACACCUCUUUUUGGGGUGGGGGGUACCCCCUAUGGCAUCACAGCACCCCCCAGCACAGCGUCACCCCCCACCUGCACCCCAAAAGAGCAGCUUGGGGAGGGGGGAGCACCCCAACCCCCCCCCCGCUGGUGGCAGCACAAGAUGGGAGGGCACAGCCCCCCCCCCACCCGGGCACAGGGACCCCCACGCCCUCCCCCUCCCCCAAAAUCGCACACAGCA